GCCGAGAGAGACACGUUAACAUAAAACCACACAAUUCAAACAGCCGUUUUUCUGGUCAAGAACUUUAAACAUGGCUAAACUCGCAGUAGUUGCCCUGGCCCUGGCGCUGUGUGUUGUCGUCGUGAGUGCUGCUGGAGACGAGUGUCCGCUAGCAUCGAAAGUGGCAUCCUGCUCACCAACCUGCCAGACCGAUCGUGACUGUUCUAAUAUCGGAGGCAAAUGCUGUGCUAACGCAUGCAAUCGCAAAUCCUGCGUCGAACGCAACAAACUGACGCAGGGCAACAAGUAUAGUUCCAGUUCCGGUGCAGGAUCAUACUGUGGCAGCACCAAGUGCAGCUCAUUCGAGAAAUGCGGUACCGAUCCAGCUACCAAGCGCCAAAAGUGUGUCCGUGCGUGAUGAACAGAAUGAAUAAAUCGUAUAUCUUGUGCA